AUGAGACCGACAGCAUCCACAAUAACAACAACAGCAACAAUCACAGCAAGCCUGCCAUGGACCGCAAGAGCAGCAACGCGCAACACCCUCACACCACAGACCAGACCCCAAGUCCAACAACGAUUACAAUCUCCCUCCACCCGCUCCUUCUCCAGCACGCCCUCGCAUCAAAAGAAACCCACCAUACACCGCGACACCCGAGUGACCCUCAUCCGCUACUUCCUCCACCACCCUCUCACCCCUCGGCCUCUCCGAUUCUCGCGCACACGCUUCCUCCGCCACUGGACCAUUCAUCGCGCGUGGAUGCGGUACCAAGACUCCCUGCGCAAGAAACGCGAAUGGGAGCUCGAACGACAGUACAAUUCCAUGGCUCGCGCGUGUGAAGCACUGCGAUUGAUUGAUGGAGACGGAUUGACGGCGGAGGAGAAGAUCAAGUAUGGACAGACGGCCGCACAGCCUGGUGGACAGGGUGCAGAGGAGGAUGGGACGAGGAGUCGCGAGGGGAGAUUGUACAGGAUUGCCAUGUUGAAGGAUGAUAUCUGGAAGGGUGUUCCUAUUGAGUAUGCGAGAAUUCAGACCGAGACGCCCGCGAAGGAAGGGUGGAAUCAUGGGUGGACGAGGUAAAAAAUCUUCUUCGUUUUCCUUGCCAUUACCAAAAGGAUUGUAUUUGUGCGAGAGAGAGGGAGGGAGGGAGGGAGAGGGAGAGAGAGAGAGAGAGAGAGAGAGAGAGAGAGAGAGAGAGAGAGAGAG